AGAAUAUCCCGGGUGAGGAUGCUCCGGCUCUGACUUGCCAGCGUCUCCCAGUCCGUAGUGAGGCGGUAACAUACCACGAUGGCCACUACAGUUUUUUGGAUAGUCAUCGCAACCUGCGUUUGCUUAACAAGGGAGCAACUCUGUUCGCAUUCUGCUGUAAGCCCGGCGAAGCACUCAAUAAAGCCGAGCUUGAAAUCGUGGACAGCGUCAUCAACAUCACCGGAUUCGAAAAUGAGGUGGAAGACAAUAAUGUUCCAGUGGUGGAUAUAUAUGAUGGAACGGAAGCUCAACUAUACACUGUUAUAAUCACUAAGGUUCACUAUCUUCUGAAAGACAUCACUUUGGCCGAGAUUACACCCCAAUUCUUGGCGAGUUUCGAAUAUCACAAAGCUUGCCAACCUGGCGGGCCGAAGAUCUGGGAUGAAGUACCUGAUGACACCACGUUUCGCAUCACGAAAACCCUCAUCCCGAUGGUGUAUGACAUGACUAUACAAUUCAAAGUUCACGAAGUUAACGACUCCGACGAUCUAGAGAAACUGUCUAGUCUCGAACCAAGUAUGUUGAUCGAUAGGGUCAUUAUACUAGAGCGAAGUAAGCGAUCGAAAAACAAAACGGACGCCACCCGCAAGGCCAAGUCGAUUUUGAUCUAUCAGGAAGUAUCUGGAGGCGUCCAUUGCAUGAACAUCACCGUGGGGCUGAAUACGUCAUUGCCUUCAUUUAUCACUCCUUUCAUCGACGGAUUCGGAAGUUUUGGCAGUGCGGAGGCGUCGCAAACUGCCGCUCUAACACGAACUUACCUAAGGAAACGAGCGAUCGCUGCAGGUCGCAAGGCGUCAAUGGCCAGCAUGAACGACGAACUGCAAGGUGUGCGCCUAGACAGCAAAAGUUCAGAGAACACAGGAACAGAGGAGCACGACACUCACGGUGCUGCGAAGGUGACGGUAGAGGUGACGGGCGCCGACGGGAAUACCAAUAACAAUUCAGAUGAACAGAAUGGCAAAGGCAACGUCCAGAGAAGUCGCUCCCCAGAGUUAUCGGAGGGUUAUAAUACAGCAGAUAAUGCAACAAGUUCGUCCUCGGAUGAUUUCGACUCAGCUUCUGAGGGCGAUCGCUCACCCGAGCCGAAUACACCAUCUGAAGCACAAUGAAAGUGGCAAUGUAAUCUACGUUUAGUUUUGGUGCGUUUAACUGUCGAUAUUUAGGUUAUCUAGUAGAGUCAUCUGCGAGACAUUCAUGGCGUAAUUUGGUAUUUCAGGCGUAACUAUGAUAGUACUGGGACAGGCUUAUGAGUUUUGAUUAAAGUCGGUUCGAUUGGUCGAACCAACGAUAACAUAUCACACAACGUCAUUUCGACUUCUGAC